CUUCUAACCACUCUCCUCUCGCCACGUCAACAAAAAUCUGUUUUGAAAAUCCGUCACCCAAGUCCACUUAAAUUUUUAUUUAAAACAUUCAGGACCAUUUCCUAAAAACGACAAUUUCACUUUGAAAAGGAGCGGGCUACAGCCUACAGGUCAUCACUCGUCACUCUUCAGAAUUGCAGCUUCCUAUCCUUCAUCCAAAUUUCAAAAUCUAAGCUGCUUCCCUUCUCAUUUCCAUCUUCAUCCAAAACUUUCGAUUUUGGUUUCAAUUUCUGAACCAGAGAGCUAUGGCUUCUGUUAUCCUUUUUUAGUAAGGAUCAGAGUUUUCGUUAGCUGUUUGGCCUCUCAGAUUCGACGAUGUCGAGAGAUGCUUCCAGUUCUCGAUUCGUUCCCCGGGAUGCCCUGCGUAACGCGCAACACGAAGCGAACGAGAACGAGUUCGAAUGCUCGCCGGACCAAGCUCAUUUUCCACCGCCGAGGACUCCUCUCAACGCAAUCGUAGAUCCGUCUCAGUGCCAGAAAGAGAAACAAAGCCAACAAUGCGAUUUCUACUCCAAGGAUAAAUCCGAAUCUGCUAAACCUGAUAGAAAAUCGGAAAUGCUAAACCUGAAUCUGAUAAAUGCUGCUUACAGAGGGGUAAGUCGUCAUGGAAAGGUUCAUUCUGAGCCGAAUUCGGCGCAUAGUACUCCGGCGAGGAGUAGUUCGAGAAUGUCGCUCGGUGGAGGAGUUUCUGCUGGGAGUAGAGUUACUGAGGUGUUUGGAGGGAGCGGAGUGAACUCCAGCUCUUCUUCUAGAGUCUCGAGAAGGAUUUCGAUGAUUGAUACUUCUGAUUUGUGCAUUAAUGUUCCACAUUUCGAGCUUGAUGAGGAUGCUUCCUUUUGGACUGAUCACAAUGUUCAGGUGUUGAUAAGGAUUCGGCCAUUAAGUACCAUAGAGAGGGUUUCACGAGGUUAUGGCCGGUGUUUGAGGCAGGAGAGUGCACAGACUUUACUGUGGCUUGGACAUCCUGAGACCAGAUUUACCUUUGAUCAUGUAGCUUGUGAGACCAUAUCACAGGAAAAGCUAUUCAGGGUGGCUGGCCUGCCCAUGGUAGAGAACUGUAUGUCUGGUUAUAAUAGCUGUAUGUUUGCCUAUGGUCAGACAGGUAGUGGCAAAACAUACACCAUGAUGGGGGACAUAAAUAUUGUAGAAGGCAAUCUCCAUGACGAUUGUGGGAUAACCCCUCGUAUAUUUGAAUAUUUAUUUUCAAGGAUAAGAAAGGAAGAAGAGAACAGGAAGGAUGAGAGGUUGAAGUUUAGUUGCAAAUGUUCCUUUCUGGAGAUAUACAAUGAGCAAAUUACAGAUCUUUUGGAGCCUUCAUCAACCAAUCUGCAGCUCAGAGAAGACUUGAAGAAAGGAGUAUAUGUGGAAAAUCUUAAAGAAUAUAACGUGCGGACUGUAAAUGAUGUUGUGAAGCUUCUUUUGCAGGGUGCUGCAAACAGAAAAAUGGCUCCAACUUGUAUGAACAGUGAGAGCAGCCGAUCCCAUAGUGUGUUCACUUGUAUAAUUGAAAGUCAUUGGGAGAAAGAUUCUAUGACCCACUUUAGAUUUGCAAGGUUAAAUUUAGUGGAUUUAGCUGGUUCUGAAAGGCAGAAGAGCUCUGGUGCGGAAGGAGAUCGUCUGAAAGAAGCAGCAAACAUAAACAAAUCCUUGUCAACUCUAGGCCUGGUCAUAAUGUCUCUAGUGGAUCUGGCGCAUGGGAAACACAGACACAUUCCAUAUAGAGAUUCUCGACUGACAUUUCUGCUUCAGGAUUCACUGGGCGGAAACUCAAAAACGACAAUUAUUGCAAAUGUCAGCCCCUCCAUUUGUGCUGCAUAUGAAACACUAAGCACUCUGAAGUUUGCUCAGCGUGCCAAACUUAUUCAGAAUGAUGCUAAGGUAAAUGAAGAUGCAUCAGGUGAUGUUAGUGCACUGCAGCGCCAAAUUCAAAAGUUAAAGGGUCAGUUGUCCUCCCUAAUGAAGCAUCAAAAGAUCCCAUGCUCUCCAUAUAAUUCUGUGCCAAGUAUUGGAGAAUCUAAAUCUGAUGACUAUUCUGAAAAGUAUGAAUAUUCUAGAGAAAGAGCGAUGGAUGAUUAUAAGAUGAAACGCUUGGAGGCUACUUUAAUGGGUUCCUUAAGAAGAGAAAAGGCAGCGGAAAUUGCAAUCCAGAAAUUAGAGGCAGAAAUUGAGCAAAUAAACCGCUUGGCAUGCCAGCGGGAGGAGGAAGCACAAUGUACUAAAAUGAUACUAAAUUUUCGAGAGGAGAAAAUUCAAAAAAAUGAGUUGUUGGUCAGUGGCUUAAUAUCUGCUGAGAAGUAUCUCAUGGAGGAAAAUAAAGCUUUGAAGGAAGAGAUUAAAUUACUAAGAGCGAAGAUUGACAGAAACCCAGAAGUUACGCGUUUUGCAUUGGAGAAUAUUAGACUUCUUGAGCAGCUUCAAAUGUUACAAAAUUUUUGUGAGCAAGGAGAACGAGAAACACUGCUUGGUGAAAUAUCAGAAUUACGAGACCAGCUUCUAGAAGUGCUUGAAGAAAGGCCUAGAUUCUCUUCUGAAUAUGAGAAACAGGGUGGUGACACUAUGAAAGAGUUGGAAGAUUGCAGGAAUAUGAAUUCCAAACUGAUGAGGGAAGUAGAUGAAUUAAGAACAGAACUGAGGAAACACAUGAACUACACAGGAGAAGAACCAGAAUCUGUUGCAGUUACAGAUUCUCUAGCCAAGGACCCUGAUGAUUAUUUCUUGGGGAAUGUGGGGAUUGACCCAAAGGCUUUGCAGGACAAGUUGGAUAAGUUGACUAAAGAGCUUGAGGAAGCCAGAAUACUAAAUUUCAAUUAUGAACAGGAUCAGGCACUGCAGUCAUCUCACCUGCAACAAGCUGAUUUAGUUCGUGAACAGGUUGAGAUGGAAACAACCAAAACAAUCCUUCAUUUGCAAGAUGAGGUUGCUGCCAUUCAGCUAGAACUUUCUGAGAGACUAUCUUGUGUAACUAAAGAAAAUUUAAGACUAAGAAAUAUGAUUGCAUCUAAAGAAGAGGAAAUAAGGACAAUUUCUAUGGAGUGGGAAAGAGCAACUUUGGAGCUCACAAGUUUCCUUCUAGAUGGCUCUAGAUCUAUAAAAGAUGCCUCUUGUCAAAUGAAAAGUAUUGCAAGCUCAAUCCCUCAAAUCAAUGUUUGGGUUGGUGAACAUGUUGAAAGGGCUGCUAGAGUUUGCAUUGAAAAGGAAGAAAAGAUCCUUCUUCUGCAGAGAAGUUUAGAAGCUGCACAGAGAAUGGUAGUGGAAAUGGAGCUGAAGUUAAGUUCUCUGGAAGGUGCAACAAUAGCUUUGAAUGAAUUUCAGCAGGCAGCUGAUGAAGAGACAGCUGCAGAAGAAGCUGCAUUAAGCACCCUGUUGAAUGACAAGAUUAGAAUGGUAAUGAUGCUUGAGAGUGAACUCAAACUUAAGGCGGAUCGAAUUAUUGAGGCAGAAAAACGAGCUGAUGCUGCCUCCCUCACUCUCAGAUGGCUAUUAGAUUCUAACAAGGUUGCUUAUGGAGAUGAAAUUGAGAGGGAUACUCUCAUCCUAAAACUGGCUAGUUCUUCUGGAAUGUGUGGUGAUAUGAUCUCGGAGAGGGAGGUUGAUACAGAUUCUGCAACAAUGGAUGGUAUCAAGGUUCAAGCUGAGUUGGCAAAGUCAGUGGUCUUGGAGUGUCAGAACAUUCUUAAUGCAUCUUUUGUAGGCACAAAACUCCAUUUAUCCACUCUCCAAAAUGACAUUCUUAAUGCCUUUUCAGCUUAUAAGGAGAUGGUUCAAGAAUUGCGGACAGGAAUUCAUGAGAUGAGGAGUUGCAUUAGAGCAAAGGCAACUACAAAUGUCUUUGCAUUAAGCGAUGAAAAUUUGAUUGAAGCAGAUGGAUGUAGCACUGAUUCUUCAACAUCAAGCUCUGAUACGUCAACUGAAAGCUUUGCUUCAGGAAAGAACUUGAAUGGAUCAUGCUUCUCUGGAAAGACCACAGAAGAGGUGGAAGACCUGAAAUUUGAAUCUUGUGGUGAUCAAGAACCACAAAAGUGGCUCACAGAAAAGAUAAUUCAUGAAGAAGCAGUAACACUCAGCCUGAAAAAAGAGUUACAGAAGGCAUUUGAUUCUUUCCAUAAAAUAUAUGUUGGAUUAACCACACUUCUUAAUGUGAGUGAUGAUAGAGAUUGCUCUUAUGGAGAAGAGAUGAAAUAUACAAUUCCAUCUUUUGUGUUGAAGGCAGAAGCAGACUCCAAAAAUGCUAGAGAGUUUUCCGACUCACAGGCAGUGGCUGAUGAGAAAAUUAGUCAUACUGGAAGCUUUUUAAAAAAAAUUGAGGCAGCCCAUGCAACCAUGAAAGAAGCUGAGUAUAUGUUAAAUGCAUUGCUGAAUCAAAAUAAAAAUGCUAAAGAAUCAAAUAAUAUGUUGCAGCAAGCAAGUGAAGAAUUGAUGGCAGAGAGAGCAAUUUUGAUUAGAGAAGUUGAACAACUCAGGUACUUGAUAAAUUUGAAAGAAAGAGAGAAUGAGUCACUGCAGGACCAAAUGAAUAAUAGUUUGGGUGAAAUAUCAAGCUCAAUCACUUUGCUUGAAAAGUGUUUUCUGCAAAUGCAAAGUCAAGCAGAGGACAGUUUUGAGGUUUUGUAUUCUGAUAUCUUAUCUACAAAGCAGGAUAUACUUAAUUCUGUUUCCAACUCCAGAUCAGCUCUUGAAGAUACUUUCUUAGAGAUAAUAGAGAAAGAAUUUACAAUGUUUGUUUUGUAUCAGUGCCACGUAGGAGACUUUUUCCGAAAAAACUCAAACUUCAAAGGAGAAUUAGGUGCUCAAAUGUACAGAAAGCAAGAACAAUAUUCAGUGUGGAAUACUUUUAAUCAGAAGCACUUGAUUGGUCAGAAUGACUUGGUGGUUAGUUGUAAGGGAGGAAUAGAGAAAGGGACUGACAAUGAAGAAAUGGAUUAUUCAAAGGAGGAAGAACCAGAUCUUCCACAUGAUGAGUUGGUAUAUGAGAAUCUCUCUCUUAAGAAAGAAUUGGAAAGAAAAGAAGUUUUAUUGGAGGGUUUGCUUUUUGAUCUUCACUUGCUGCAAGAAUCAGCCUCCAAUAGAAUGGACAUCAAAGAUGAAAGUGAAAAACUAAUUUUUGCUUUAAGCCAAGUUCGUCAUGAGCUAGAGGAGAAAACAAUGCAACUUGAUGAUUUGUUGGUUCAGCAUAGCAAACUUGAAAAUCAACUGACUGAUGCUGAAAAUGCUCUGUUUAUAUCAAAGUCCAAUCUGGAACUGGCUAAUGGAACAGUGGAGUCUCUGUUGGACCAAAAUGCUGAGAUGAGAGUGCUUGUAAAAGACUUGUUUCUCCAAAAACAUGAGGCGGAAGAUCGAAUAGAGGAACAGAAGGAGGUGAUCAGAGGUUUGGAAAAUGAAAUCAUUUAUUUGAAUUCCUCAGGGGAAAAAGACUUACUCUCGUCAGUUGAAAGUGCCGAGGAGAAAUUAAGAGAGGUUGCUAGUGAGAGAGCCAAACUUAAUGAAGAAGUCCACUCUUUGAAUGAUAAGCUUGAAAUGGCCUAUGCAUUGGUUGAUGAAAAGGAAGCAAUUGCAGUUGAAGCACGCCAGGAGUCAGAGGCAAGUAAAUUGUAUGCUGAACAAAAGGAGGAGGAAGUCAAGAUCUUAGAAAAUUCAGUUGAGGAGCUUGAAUGUACCGUAAAUGUGUUGGAGAAGAAGGUGUAUGAAAUGAAUGAGGAGGUGGAUAGGCAUCAAUUGAUCAGAAAUUCAUUAGAGCAUGAACUCCAAGCAAUGAGAGAAAGGUUGACAACAUUUGAUAACUUCCAUGCUGUAGUGGAUUCAUUCAACAAAAAUGCUGGACACACUGAAGAUCAGAUAUCUAGGUUGUUGGAACUGAACGAGGCUCAUGAUAGGAUAAGAAUUCUAGAGAAGGAAAAGGCAGAACUGAGUAGUGAGGUUAAGCAAUGCAAAGAGUACAUCUCUGAACUUGUAUUGCAUUCUGAAGCCCAGGCAACCCAGUACCAACAGAAGUACAAGACUCUGGAGUCCAUGGUUCGUGAAGUGAAGACAGAACUAUCAAAUUCAGCAUCAAUAGCACCAUUGUUGGACAAAACUGAGAGGUGCUCAACAAGGACUAGAGGAUCGAGCUCACCAUUCAGAUGCAUUGCAAAUUUGGUUCAGCAGAUGAACUUGGAGAAAGAUCAAGAAUUGUCAAUAGCCAAGCUUCAAAUAGGAGAGCUAGAGGAAUUAGCAGCCAAUCGACAAAAAGAGGUAUGUAUGCUGAACACUAGGCUGGCUGCUGCAGAGAGUAUGACACAUGAUGUCAUUAGAGAUUUACUCUGUGUUAAACUGGACAUGACUAAUUAUGCUAACUUAAUAGACCAGCACCAGGUUCAGAAAUUUGUGGAGGACGCACGUAAGCAAACAGAAGACUUCCUUGAAAAGGAACAAGAAAUUCUUAAAUUGAGAAAGCAGAUUCAUGAUCUCGUUGAGGAAAGAGAGAGUUGUACAUCUGAAGUAAAAAGGAAAGAUGCGGACAUACUUGCCAUCCAGAUGAGUUUAGAGCAACUCCAACAGCGAGACCAGUUGCUUUCUGCACAGAAUGAGAUGCUAAAGAUGGACAAGACCAAUUUAAUAAAGAAGGUUGCAGAACUGGAUGAGAUUGUAAAAGCAUUUGCUGGAACUCAAAGUAACCAAAAGCAAAUUCGACAGGCAUCAUCAGAUAUCAAGAUGCUGGCGACCUCCGAAAGGCGUCGAGCGAAUGAUGAACUGGCUCAGUAUCGUAAAGCAAAUGGCCAUCAUCUACAUGACAAAACUUAUGGACAAGGUCACCUCGAAGCAAGAUAUAGGUAGAUUUUUGUUUAGAAAGAUGAACUAAAUUAUUCCAUCACUA